UACAAAAUUUAAUUUGAUUGCGAAAAUCUAUACAUACACAGAGACUUACUUUAUAUGUAAAGGAGGCAUUGACGUGACAAACUGUCCACCGUCUUCCUCCUCCUCCUCCUUGUCUCCGCCAGCAUGCCCCUUUCCUCCUCCUCAUCAUCCCUCCACCCCUGCAAGCAUUCCCCGUCAGCAACUCUCGACCUCCUAAUCCUAAUCCUCGUCGUCUUCUCCGGCGCAUUCCUCAUCUCCUCCUACUUCUCAUACCUAAUCCACUCCUUAUCUCUCCUCUCCUCUCAUUUCCCAUCGAUCGCCCUCUCUCUCUCCUCUCUCCCUCUCCCUCUGAUCCUCCUCUUCUCCAAUCACGACCACGAUCCCGAUGAUGAAGAUCACGACGGAAUCUCUCUGGCGUCGUUCUUGUUCGUGUUCGCGGUCUUCUUCGCUGCCUCGGUCGCGUUCCUCGACCUGUGCUGCGGCUCGAGGUCGAGGAGGUGCCGUAACCCUAAAUGCAAAGGGCUGAAGAAAGCUAUGGAGUUUGAUUUGCAGCUGCAGACGGAGGAGAGUGUUAGGACGGGAUCGGGGAAGGAGAUUGAACGGUUGCCGUGGAAAGGAGGGAGCGAGAGCAAUCCUGAUUACGAGUGUUUGAGAGCUGAGCUUAGGAAGAUGGCUCCGAUUAAUGGUCGAGCUGUUUUGCUUUUCCGGUCAAGGUGUGGUUGCCCUGUUGCUAAGCUUGAAGGGCGGGGGCCUAAGAGAAGCCGCCGUCAUAAAAAAUUGCCGGCAAAGUUAGCUGUAAAGGGGUGUGUAGACAAUUCUCUUAUGAUCAAAUCAAAUCACUUUCUCUGGUCUCGUCGCUGUCGGGUCUUUUCAACUCAGCAGGCGAGAUGUUUCUCCGCUGCUAUCACUCAAAGCCGUCAACAACCAUACACGACUUCUCCGACUCCGACACAUUUCGAUUUCUCAGGCAGCGAGAGUUCCGACAUUGAGCGAGCUCUAAUCUCAGCUCUCGGAUCAUGCGCCACCAACAAAGACGUCACUUACGGCCGACAAAUCCAUUGCCGAGUCUUGAAAUCCGGUUUCGAUUCCAACGGGUUCAUCUGCAACAGCCUACUCAACAUGUACGCUAAAUGCCGUGUCUUGUCCGAAGCUGAAUCUGUUUUCUGCUCCCACACGAAACUUGAUUCUGCUUCGUUUAAUAUCAUGAUCGAUGGGUAUGUUCGAUCUCGACGAAUUAGAGACGCGCUCAAGCUGUUCGACGUAAUGCCUGACAGAAGCUGCGUCUCGUAUACGACUUUGAUAAAAGGUUACGCUCAAAACGAUCGGUGGAGUGAAGCGAUGGAGCUUUUCAGAGAGAUGAGAAGCUCUGGAGUUAUGCUAAACGAAGUGACGUUAGCUACUGUUGUAUCCGCUUGUUCGCAUUUGGGUGGGGUUUGGGAUUGCAGGAUGUUGCAUAGCUUAGCAAUUAGGUUGAAUCUCGAAGGUAGAGUCUUUGUUUCGACGAAUUUGCUUCAUAUGUAUUGUAUCUGCUCGUGUUUGGAGGAUGCUCGGAAGCUGUUCGAUGGAAUGCCUGAGAGAAAUUUAGUCACUUGGAACGUGAUGUUAAACGGGUACUCGAAAGCUGGACUUGUGGAAGAAGCGAAGGAGCUGUUUGAUCAGAUUACUGAGAAAGAUAUUGUGUCGUGGGGGACUAUGAUUGAUGGGUGUCUUCGAAAGAAUCAGCUUGAGGAAGCUCUUGUUUUCUACAAGGAGAUGCUGCGACGUGGAAUGAAACCUAGUGAGGUCAUGAUGGUGGACCUUCUCUCCGCUUCAGCUCGAUCAUCAGGUGGUUUCAACGGUUUGCAGCUUCACUGCACCAUCGUAAAGACUGGUUUUGACUGUUAUGAUUUCAUUCAAGCAACGAUCAUACAUUUCUACGCAGUCUGUAAUAACAUAAAACUCGCUAUUCGACAGUUUGAAGCGAGCGUAAUGGACCACAUUGCGUCGAGAAACGCGUUGAUUGCAGGGUUUGUGAAGAAUGGAAUGGUUGAGGAGGCAAGGGAAGUGUUUGAUCAGACUCGAGAGAAAGAUAUCUUCUCAUGGAACGCUAUGAUAUCAGGCUACGCGCAGAGUCUUUCUCCUAACUUAGCUCUACAUCUCUUCCGCGAAAUGAUCAGUAGUAGCCAAGUGAAACCAGAUGCAAUCACAAUGGUGAGUGUUUUCUCUGCAAUUUCAUCGCUAGGAUCGUUGGAAGAAGGGAUCAGAGCGCACGAGUAUCUAAACCGUAGCUCAAUCCCUCCCAACAACAAUCUAACCGCUGCUGUAAUCGACAUGUACGCCAAAUGUGGAAGCAUCGAAACCGCUCUAAACGUUUUCCGCCAAACAAAGAACAUAUCUUCCUCGACAAUCUCUCCCUGGAAUGCUAUCAUCUGCGGUUCAGCAACGCAUGGCCAUGCAAAACUAGCGCUUGAUCUCUACUCUGAACUCCAGUCUCUCCCCAUCAAACCGAACAGCAUCACUUUCGUGGGUGUCUUAAGCGCGGGCUGCCACGCUGGGCUUGUGGAGUUAGGUAAAACGUAUUUCGACAGCAUGAAGGAAGUUCACGGGAUUGAGCCAGACAUAAAGCAUUAUGGAUGUAUGGUUGAUUUGUUGGGGAAAGCGGGAAGGUUGGAAGAGGCAAUAGAUAUGAUCAAGAAGAUGCCUGUGAAGGCUGAUGUGAUCAUAUGGGGGAUCUUGUUAUCGGCUUCGCGGAUUCACCGGAACGUCGAGGUGGCUGAGAUGGCGGCUUCUGAGUUGGCGGCAAUUGAGCCAACUCAUGAAGGGUGUAAAGUUUUGCUUUCGAAUGUUUAUGCAGACGCGGGGAGAUGGGAAGAUGUUGCUUUGGUCAGAGAGGAGAUGCGAACUAGUGAUGUUGAGUGGUCACGUGCCUUCAGUGGUGUUGUGUGAUCGAUUGUUUUUACACUUUUAAGGCUUUUAAUGGGCUUGUUAUUGUAUGGGCCUCAGUAAAAACAAGAGAAUAAGUAACGCGUGGAUUACACUGGAAAAUGAGUUAGAUAACGCGUUUGAAUUUUGGUCAGCUUGUGUUUCUGUGGGUCCAUCCUAAGCUGAGCUGGCUCUUUGCUGUCCGAACGAAAUCGCGUGUGGAAGUUUUUUUUCUUUCUCUU